AGGACCAUUCUUGUUUGUAAUCCACCUCCUCCCAAAAGGCUAUAAACUUAUAAUAACAACAAAUACCUUAUCAUCUUGAUACUGAGGUCAAAUUUUAGUAUUUUAAGGCGGCUGGUAGCUCUGGAGAACUACCGAGUCCAUGAACAAACAAGUUCAGGAAAUAGCAGCUCAUUGUGACCAGCUGCCGGAAAGAUUUAUCCGCAAAGACGAUGAAGAAUACGCUAACAUCACCAACACCGGUGACUCGUGUCCUAUGGAGAUUCCUGUUAUUGAUAUUAGCCUCUUAACCUCAUCUCAUUUGGAGCUUGAUAGGCUUAAAACAGCUAUUACCACUUGGGGCUGCUUUCAGGCAAUUAACCAUGGAAUGGAUGGUUCCUUUUUGGAUAAAGUUCGUGAAGUCAGCAGACUGUUCUUCGAUUUAUCAGCUGAGGAGAAGAAGAAGUACUUGAGGGAAGAAGAUGAUCUUGAAGGCUAUGGAAAUGACAUGGUUCUCUCAGAUCACCAAACUCUUGAUUGGACUGACAGGCUUUAUCUCACUGUUCUUCCUCAAGAUCAACAAAGGCUUCAGUUUUGGCCUAAAAUUCCCACCAGUUUCAGGGAGGUUGUUAAUGAAUAUUCCUCCAAAAUAGAGGUGAUAAAUGAAGUUAUCCUUAAAGCUCUGGCUAGAUCAUUGAACUUGGAGGAGAAUUGUUUCUUGGACCAAUAUGGGACAACUGCAAAAAUGAUUGCAAGAUUUAACUAUUAUCCUCCUUGUGCAUGGCCUGAUAAAGUGUUAGGAGUCAAACCACAUGCUGAUGGUUCUGCAGUCACAUUUCUGUUGCAAGACAAAGAGGUUGAAGGUCUUCAAGUUUUGAAAGACGGUCAGUGGUUUGGAGUUCCUAUUGUUCCUGAUGCUCUGACCAUCAAUGUUGGCGAUCAAAUCGAGAUAAUGAGUAAUGGGAUAUUCAAGAGCCCCGUGCAUCGAGUUUUGGUGAACACUAAAAAUCAAAGGAUUACUCUGGCUGUGUUCUGCAUGCCUCAAACUGAAAAGGAUAUUGGCCCUCUAGACGGGCUGAUUACGGAUAGCACGCCAAGGUUAUACAAGAAUGUAACAUUUUCGGUCGACUUCUAUUUUGAGAAUUACCAGCAAGGUAAGAGACCAAUUGAUGCUUGCAAGAUUUGACUAUAUAUAUUCAGAAGAAGGUAUUUUCCUCUGUCCUUAGCUUUUUAGUUCUUUUACCCAUCAUGUGUCUUUCUUCUAUCUGUAUUAUUUUAUACUAAUCACCAGAAUAAAUAUAGAAAACAUUGUUAUAUGAUAGGAUUAUUUAGCUAGUUACUUUUUGGUAUACCUGGAAAAAAUGAGAAGGUUGGGUCGGA